UCUCUGGUUGCGUCACGAGUCGUGUCUGAGUCUAAUUAAAACCAUAUUGAGAAAAACGUAAAUACGACCCAAGUUCCUCCCUCGGUCUUCUGCAGGGACACAGCGCUGAUUCGGAGCGGUUUCAAGGGACGCAAGAUCUGUCAUUUGUGGAAAGUUGCUGCUUAUUUUGAAAAGUUUGAAUAUUACUAGACUAUAUCAGUAAAUAACGCUAAAUGGCUGGUCUAAAGUACAUGAGUGGUUUUGGCAAUGAGUUUGCCUCUGAGGACCCUCGCUGUCCAGGAUCUCUACCUGAGGGACAGAACAAUCCACAAGUGUGUCCAUAUGGCCUGUAUGCUGAGCAACUCUCUGGCUCUGCCUUCACUUGCCCACGGUCGACCAAUAAGCGAAGCUGGCUAUACCGCAUUUUACCCUCUGUGCGCCACAAACCUUUCACUCCGAUGAGCUGUGGAGAUCUCACAGAGAACUGGAAUGAAGUGGAGCCUGACCCCAACCAGCUACGAUGGAAGCCGUUUAACAUCCCAAAAUCUUCAGAGAAAAAAGUGGAUUUCAUAUCGGGUCUACAUACAGUCUGUGGAGCUGGAGAUUCAAAAUCUCGUAAUGGAAUCGCCAUCCACAUGUACACCUGUAACACUUCAAUGACUGAUAAAUGUUUCCAAAAUGCAGAUGGAGAUUUUCUUAUUGUGCCUCAACAACGUGAAAUCCUGAUUACUACAGAAUUUGGGAAGAUGAUGGUGGAGCCCAAUGAGAUUUGUGUCAUUCAGCAAGGGAUGCGUUUUAGUGUUGAUGUGUUUGGAGAGACCAGGGGAUACAUUCUAGAGGUGUUUGGAGCCCAUUUUGAGCUGCCUGACCUGGGUCCUAUAGGGGCUAAUGGACUGGCUAACCCCAGGGACUUCCAAAUGCCUGUGGCUUGGUACGAGGACCGUACUGUACCCACCGGUUACACCAUUGUCAACAAGUACCAGGGAAAGCUCUUUUCAUGUCAACAGGAUUUUUCGCCAUUUAAUGUGGUGGCAUGGCACGGAAACUACACACCGUACAAAUACAAUCUGGAGAACUUCAUGGUCAUCAACUGUGUGGCGUUUGAUCACGCAGAUCCCUCGAUUUUCACCGUUUUGACUGCCAAGUCCACUCGCCCAGGUGUGGCCAUUGCAGAUUUUGUGAUUUUCCCCCCUCGCUGGGGUGUAGCUGACCAUACCUUUCGACCUCCCUACUACCAUAGGAACUGCAUGAGCGAGUUUAUGGGAUUGAUCAAAGGCAGCUAUGAAGCAAAGGAAGAGGGUUUCCAGCCUGGAGGAGCCAGUCUCCACAGCAUAAUGACUCCACAUGGCCCUGAUGUCGACUGUUUUGAGAAGAACAGCACAGCUGUUCUUAAACCAGAGAGAGUUGCUGAGGGCACUAUGGCAUUCAUGUUCGAGUCAUCCUUCAGCAUGGCUGUGACCAAGUGGGGAUUGGACACCUGUCACCGUCUGGAUAAGAACUACUAUAAAUGCUGGGAGGCGUUAAAGAGUCACUUCAAUCCAAACUGGAAACCCAGCAGCAAAUAAAACAUGACGCACAUGGUUAAAACUCGUCAGUCAGUCAAUAUAAUAUUUGAUUUGCCUGACAUGUGGUUCACAAUGAGUUUAUCACUAGAUAUGAGAGGUUUACUUAACCAGAGAUGUCACAAUAAAACCUGCUAUUGGAAUAUAACCAACAAAAA